AUGGCGGCUAGAGACCGCUUCGGUGUCUAUGCUGAGCCGGGAUUAACACCGCUGCAGCGGGCAAUCCGAAAUGCCUGCGACCCGCAAAACUACGAACCCAAUCUGGCCCUGAAUCUCGAAGUCGCGGAUCUGAUCAACUCCAAGAAAGGCAAUGCCCCUCGAGAAUCGGCCGUUGAGAUCGUUCACCUUAUCAACAACCGAAACCAGAAUGUCGCGUUGUUGGCUUUGGCGCUCCUCGACAUCUGUGUGAAGAACUGCGGAUACCCAUUUCACCUCCAAAUCAGUACGAAAGAGUUCCUGAAUGAAUUGGUGCGGAGGUUCCCCGAGCGGCCGCCCGUGCGACCCUCGCGGGUCCAGCAUCGCAUCUUGGAGUCGAUCGAGGAAUGGCGCCAGACGAUCUGCCAAACAUCACGCUACAAGGAGGACCUGGGGUUUAUUCGGGAUAUGCAUCGAUUGCUGCUUUAUAAGGGAUAUGCGUUCCCGGAGGUUCGCCGUGAAGAUGCGGCGGUGUUGAACCCGAGUGACAAUCUUCGAUCGGCCGAGGAGAUGGAGGAAGAAGAACGGGAAGCUCAAUCAGCUAAGCUUCAAGAGCUGAUUCGAAGAGGUACCCCCGCAGACCUCCAAGAGGCGAACCGCUUGAUGAAGGUGAUGGCCGGAUAUGACAACCGACAUAAGACAGACUACCGAGCGAAGGCAGCCGAGGAAGUGGCCAAGGUGCAGCAAAAGGCCAAGAUCUUGGAGGAAAUGUUGCAGAGUCGACAGGCCGGCGAUGGGGCUCCGGAGGGUGAUGUAUUUGAGGUGGGUAAUCCUGAAACUGUGGAGGAGCUUGCCAAUGCGCUUCAGAGUGCACACCCCAAGAUUCAGAAGAUGUGCGAAGAAGAGUCGGAUGACCCUGAAGCUGUUCACAAGCUGCUGGAGAUCAACGACAGUAUACACCGCACUAUUGAACGGUAUAAAUUGGUUAAGAAGGGUGAUCUUGAUGCCGCAUCGAAGAUCCCUAAGGGUACAUUGGGAACCACGACUGGCGUGUCGAAGAAUGCGAACAAUGAGCUUUCGCUGAUCGACUUUGAUCCUGAGCCCAGCUCGAAUGGUAAUACUGCCGAGUCGUCUCAGGCCGGCGGCGGCGCGCUGGAGAAUGACCUGCUCGGUUUGUCUCUGGGUGAACAAGGCCCUUCGCCGGGUGGAGGUAUUUCAUUGGGAGGACCUGGUAGUAAGUCAUCACCUUAUCCCAUCAAUGGCAUUGCUAUGAAUGGCCCUGUACUAAAACCCAGUGCAGUGGGCUUCCCUCCCAUGGCGACCGAUCCCUCUCCCCCAGCCGCAUCGCCAACACCACCCCAGCAGGCCCCUGCCGCAUUCAAACCUCACUAUGAUAUCCUCGCAUCUUUAAACUCGUCGCGGCCAAACUCUCAAUCUUCUACUCCGGCCCCAGGUCCGUCGCCUCAGGUGCGACAAACCGCAACACCACCGCAGGCCGCCGACCCAUUCGCAGCGCUAGUCUCUGCUAGCCCUCGCCCAACCGGCGGCGCAUUCCAGCCACCGGCGGCGCCAGGCCAGUCUACCCCGGCUUCCUCGUCCCUGCUGGACUUGGCAGGAAGCACGACAUCACCUCCACAGGCACCGCCGGCUGCGGCCGACGACGACGAAUGGAACUUUGCCUCCUCGCUGCCGCCCAGCAACGCCCUUCCGUCUAAGAACCAGGUGCAGGUACUCAAUUCGCAGCUUCGCGUUGAUUUCUUGGUGCAGCGAGUGCCCGCAUAUCCUCGCCAGAUCUUUGUCAAGGCCGUCUUCUCCAACCCGACCAGUCAGCCAAUUGGGGACCUGCAUUUCCAGGUCGCCGUGGAAAAGACCUAUACGCUCCACCUUAAGCCGCAAACAGGCCGAGAUAUCGCGGCGCAGCAGCAGCAGGGCGUGUCACAGGAGAUGGUGCUCGACGGCAUUGACGCGGGCAAGGGCAACUCGGUGAAAAUUAGGUUCAAAGUCGGCUACAAGGUUGGCGCCGAGGCUCGGGAGGAGCAGGGGAUGGUGCCACCGCUGGGUGUGAACUAG